AUGAAAGUCUCACGUUAUAUCAGCUCGAGGCAGAAAUCAUGCCAGCAAUGUUCAAAUUCCAAAACCAAGUGCGAUCGCAAGCAGGGGCGAUGCACCAGAUGCACCCAACGAAACCUCUCAUGCGUAUACCCUAGGUCGAAUCCAUCGGAGAGCACCCGGCUCGAGAGCUCAAUUAGUGACGGAGGCACAUUUGUCUCAACCUCGAGGCCCGAUGCAUCAUUCCCCGGCCCCAACUCCGACCUGUCAAUCAACGCCGAGAGUACAAAUCCGACUUUGCCAGAGCAUAUCGUGGACACACAGACUAUCAUCAAUGAUGCAGGCUCCGUUAUGUCUUCCAUUCCGUCUAUUUCCACGCCUGAAUCUCGUCUUCUAAGACAUCUGGGUUCAAGUUCCCUGGGCGAAGUACCCGAGAAGCCAGACAUUUUCAACUUCUCCCGUCUGGAUUUGAUCUGUCCCAUCAAUGUCGACGACAUCAGUAACCGCUGGUUGAACCCUUAUAUUUCUGGUGCCGAGCCGGCAAUCAAGAAGUAUCCAGCCACCGUCACUCGCUUCAUAUACCGAGUUUUGAAGUCAUACGCAGCCGUGGCGGCUCGUGGCCGUGCUACACUCCCAUUCAUUCAUCCCACACAGAUGAAGGAACCCCGCACGCAUCUUGCCACAUGUCUGAGCUUAGUCCGAAUAAGUGUAAAUCCAUUACCAGGAAGUGAAGACGCUGCCGUUAUUGUUCUUCAACGCGAGAUGGAGAACAUAGCGAAAGAGCACACAAACUAUGAUGACAUGUCGCUACUCGCUGCGUUUCAGGCCUACCUCAUAUACACCAUGAUUCUGUUCUUUCGGCUCAGUCAGGGCACUAGCCCAUUCUUCCGAGGUGCGAUGAUGACUCUUCAGGAAGUUGCUUCCUUGUCAUCCCGCAGAGGAUUAGUCUGUACGGCCGAUGCAGCUCAUACACGUCCAAGAUGGGAAGAAUGGAUCGUGGCUGAGGCGAAGCGGCGCACGCUAUAUGUGAUGUACCUUUUCGAUAGUGUACUCUCAGCUCACGAGAAUCUCCCUACUUUCCUCGGCACCGAGCUACGUGGCCUUCCUGCACCAUCGAAUAAGUCAUUGUGGCAAGCGUGCAGCCGAAGCGAUUGGGAGAAAGAAUAUAAUAUUUUCCUUGCUGAGUGGACAGAAAAGAGUCUCACAAUCGAUGAGCUUUGGCCUAUCCCCCCCGAGUUGGCCGAUGUGGACAUUGUCCGAAAGCGACGGAGGAUAGAUCAAUGGUUGGAAAACGUUGAUGAAUUUGGAACUAUGAUCUUUGCAGUAACAGGUUGUACGCACGGUUGUUGA